GAACUUGCACUUGGGAACCCUUGGGUCAUCAAACUGCAUGAAGUCUAUGAAACAGCCACUGAAAUGAUCCUUGUCUUAGAAUAUGCUGCCGGUGGUGAAAUCUUCAACCAGUGUGUAGCAGAAAGAGAAGAGGCCUUCAAAGAGAAGGAUGUCCAGCGGCUCAUGAGGCAGAUUUUAAAGGGAGUUUCAUUUUUGCACAGGCACAAUGUGGUGCAUCUUGACCUGAAGCCACAAAACAUUCUAUUGACCAGUGACCGUCCACUUGGAGACAUACAAAUUGUGGAUUUUGGCUUGUCCAGGGUUGUGAAUAACAAUGAGGAACUGAGAGAAAUUAUGGGGACCCCAGAAUAUGUUGCACCUGAGAUCCUGAGUUAUGAACCCAUCAGCACAGCUACUGAUAUGUGGAGCAUUGGGGUACUGGCCUAUGUUAUGCUCACAGGCACCUCCCCUUUCCUGGGGGACGACAAGCAGCACACUUUCCUAAACAUUUCUCAGUUGAAUGUCAGUUACACAGACGGGGACUUUGACGGGAUAUCGGAACUGGCUAUUGAUUUUAUCAAAGCCCUUUUAGUGAAGGAGCCAGAAAGUCGGGCGAAUGCUGAGGACUGUCUCCAGCAUCCAUGGCUAGCUGAGGGCGAUCUCCCGGAUCCUUAUGCUAGUGCCAUGAAUUCCGUACAGGACAACAGCCAGGAAGUACAAUCGGAGGAGGAGCUGAAAACAGAAAGUUCCCUGGAAACCAGUCCAGGUCAGGUAGACUCAGAAGAACAGACUGUAACAGAGGAGUUGAUCUUGAUGGCUUCUUACACAUUGGGACAGUGCAGACAGACUGACAUGGAAAAACAAUCUGAAUCUAAAGCCAUUACAAAGCGAUUUUUUAAGUUUGAAGAGCCA